GCAGUGACGUGAUCGGUCCGCCGCCUGUUGGUCUUUCACAGUUGGUGACGACUAUUAUGAAAAUGGCCUCGACCCUGCCCGUGAGCUCGAACAACCGGGGAAGAUGACGACGCUGGGCGGUUUAAGUGAGCGGAACACCGGUGUGUCUUGUGAGAAUACGGAGGUAACAGGGAAGUAAACCAACACAGGCAGACUGUCGGCGGAGAAACGUCCAAAAACACCGCUGCAUUUUUUCCGCUGGGCUGGCUGGGGAGCCACCAUGGAGGAUAUCAACUCGAAUAUCAACGCGGACCUGGAGGUGCGGAAGCUCCAGGACUUGGUGAAGAAGCUCGAACAGCAGAACGAGCAGCUCCGGAGCAGGUCCACCAUGUUGUCCUCGUCCGGAGCGAUGACACAGAACCACAGACCCCUCAGCGACGGCUACGACUCCUCGUCCCUGUCCGCGGGGAUGGCAGCCGGUCUGGCCGGCUUCCCUGGGGUGGGGUUCGUCGGGACGGGAGGCUACGGUGGGCUGCUGGAGAACAACCGCUGCCUGAGCCCCAGGCUCUCUUACGACGGCAUCAGUUUCAGGAGGGCGUACGAAUGUGAGGGGGCUUCGGCUGCCACCUCCGUGUCGAGCAUAAACUCACUUUAUUCAGACACCGCCGGGAGCUUCGCGGGUGAGAUGGAAACAUCGGUGCUGGAUGAGGUGGAAAUCUUAGACCUGGAGGACAUGGAUUGUCUAAACGAAGACGAGGACAGCUGGCUAUAUGAGACGAAGCUGAACAGUCCCCUGCAAAAAGCCUUGAGUCCCAUCGUGUGGUGUCGCCAAGCACUGGACCACCCCAGUCCUGAGAUGGAGUCAGCCAAGCGCUCCCUCAUCCACAGACUGGACGUCACCAUGUCAGCCAACAAGCGCAGAAGCCUGUAUGGAAGCCCCUACAACCAGCAGAGCUAUGGAAGCCCGUAUAGCACAAACGCAGCCAACAGCCCUUACAGCAGUGGCUUCAACUCCCCCUCCUCAACUCCCAGCAGAGUGCCCAUAGUCAGACAGCAACUCAUACCUGGGAACGCAGCCCACCAGAGAAACGCAGCGGCCGAGAGGAAUCCUCCGGCAAUUAGUCCACAGUCGUCUGUGGACAGUGAGCUGAGCACUUCAGAAAUGGACGAGGACUCCGUGGGCUCCUCAACUACUUACAAACUCAACGACGUCACUGAUGUGCAGAUACUGGCUCGCAUGCAGGAGGAGAGUUUGAGACAGGACUAUGCCGCAACAGCAUCCAGACGAAGCUCGGGUUCUUCCUGCCACUCGCUACGGCGCAGCACCUUCAGUGACCAGGAGUUAGAUACACACAGUCUGGAGGACGACGAGGAGGAGGCGAUGCACCCGGCCUUCCACCUGCCCUCCAACCGCUUCAGCCCCUCCCCCCGACACUCUCCACACGCCUCUCCCAGGAAUUCGCCUCGCUCACGCUCCCCUGCUCGUUCUAUUGAGUACAGCCACAGCCGCGGCUCGCCUCAGCCCAGCAUCAGCCGCCUGCAGCAGCCUCGCCACUCGCUGCAGGGUCACGACCUGCAGACCAGCGUGGUGAAGAAUGAAGAAAAGCUGCGUCGCAGUCUCCCCAACCUCACGCGCUCCUCAGCAGCGACCCAGCCCCCGGCCCAAGAGCCUGUCAAGAACAGCCGCAGCUGCGAGUCCAACCUGCAAGUGCCAAAUGGAGGCUCUCCUCGACACCAGAACCAGUCUGCUACCCAAACUCUCACUUCAAACAAUCACCCUCCUCCUACAGAACUAGUGCAUGGCGUCAGUAGCACUGAGAAUCCCGAAGCAACUCCUGCAGCAGCUCAACUCCCGAGAUACUCAACCCCCUCUCGCUCCUCCCCGAAACCCAAACAGCACCUCCAAAGCCCAACGGCCCUGCGAGUCCCACUCUCGUGUUGCUUUGGAGAAGAAGGUGAUUUCAUCCCCUCUCCCAGUAAGCUGCGAACUCCCGCCACCCCGUCCCCUCUGGCCUUGAGGCAGCCCGUAAAGGCCACACCCAACCCUGGUUCUGCCACCUCCACCCCCACCCGCUCCCUGGCUCCUCCACGCAGUGGCCUACCCCGUCCGAAUGCUUCUGCGGGAGGGGGCAUCCCUCUGCCUCGCAGCAAACUGGCUCAGCCUGUGCGCAGAUCUCUUCCUGCUCCUCGGAACUACGGCGGUAUGGGUGACAACUGGAGAGAAGGUUGUUACUGAGGCAGGCCAGCAGGGGGCUCUCCAGUCAAACUAUCAACACAAGGAGGCAGACAUUACAACAUGGCACUUUAUCUACCUAGAUAACUUCUACAGUGGAGAAAGAAAAUGAGAGACAAUGUCCCACAAAUAUAAAUAAUUAAGAAUUUAAAAAAGGGGAAGACUGUGUCAAACACACACGGUGUCAAAGAGGACGUCCCGGGGUGUUUCUGUGUGGGGACUGGCACUGGAGGAGUCAGGCAUGUCACGCAAACAGCCCAUUAAAUGCCAAAGAAACCAGGCCGACUCCAACUCCGCCAGCAGAGGCCACAUCACCUGCCUUGGUUUGACUGCAUUCAUAUGCCUGAGUGUCAUAUCAGCCCAUGGCCCAGCUCUCCUCCCACUCCUCUGCUCUGUUCUUUCAUCUCCCUCAGGUUGAAAUGUUUCCGCACAUUUCUCUCUUUAUGCUCUGUGUUCAACACGUGUUGCACAGCAAUCGAUCUCUAUGACGACGCUGUGCAGCUGAACUGUCCCGUGAUGUUAGAGAUUCGGGGGUGUCUUGCAACAGUGAAAGCACCUGUGUGGGUAUGACUCUGAAAAGAAUCUUUACUCUUGUAAAAUCAGCCAGAAUGUAUGCACAAGUUUGUUUUGGAAAAUUAUUUAUUCAAAUUAUUUAAGAAGUGUAUGUCCAAACAUCCAUAUCAGUAUUUUGUUUGAAGAUUUCAGCUGUUUGAAAUGUACAUUUUGAACCUCAGUUGCAAGCUAAAUCUCCAAAGCCUUUAUUAUGUUUUCAGAGCGUCCAAUCAGGAUUCAUGAUGAAGCCGGGUGACUAAUGACCACUCGGAAAAAGCAUCAGUUCUGACUUGUACCACACUUUGCCAAGUUAUAUUUUCCCCCUUAAGUGCUCCGAUUGGUCAGUUUCAGUUCAGGCAUGACUUAUCUGAUGUCUCAAAUAUAUAUAUUCGUCAAGUAUUCAGCCGAUUAAACCAAGAAAAUCUUUUAUGUUCUUGAAAUUCCCACAACAGAUUUGUCAGUGUAUAUCAAAUCAUGUACUGACGAAAAUAUCACAAAUAUCUUGAGUAAGAUGAGAUGACGAGUUGAAUACAUUUCGGCUGGCUCUGACCUCUUGUGCUACGAAUCAAAAGGUGUGCCGGUGUAAGUGGAGGUGUUCCAGUAAGUGGUGUGGUGGCUGUUCUUCAACUAGUGCCUAUAAUUUAAUGUUUCACUUGAGUUUGAACAUCAUGUUUUCUAUGUUUUAUAAGUUUGUGCUAACUUUCUUGCUUUGCCAAUAUUAUUUGCGAUUUUGCAUCGCUGCUUGACUGAUUGAUUUGAUUGCCUGUUGGAUUUUUUUGUAAUCGAUACAUUUAUAAUUGCUUUAAAAAAAAAGGUUUAUUAUGCGCCUUCAUAUUUAUAACUAAUUACGCAUUCUGUAAAUGAAACUAUUUAUUAAAGAGAGAGGUGCCUCUGUCAAAGCUCAGAUUCGGGAAGUCAGAACGAAUGUUGCAAAAAGACAAACCACACCUUUUGUGUGAAAAGUUUUUGUUAUUGAACUUUUUUUUAUAUCCACAAACAUGACAUUCUGUUUCCCUGUGUAAAGCCACAUUUCAAAUAAAAGCUGAAAAAAGUU